AUGAUUUGCAUGCCAGUGUGCGUGGCGCACGUGGCGUGUGCCCACGGCAGGCAGGCUGGAAGAACAAAAGAGGCCACCAAAAUAAAAGAGAAAAAAAGCAAAAACUCCCUUAAAGUGUGGCGCGAGGCGUCUACCGGCGAAGAAGCUCACUUAAACCACAAAUCCGGUUCCGAGGGAAGCGUCGACCUCGCGGGGCACCCGCUGUGGGAGCCGGGGGCCGCGGGGACCGGCGCGGGGCAAAACGUGACGCCGGCCCGUGUACCCCUUUGUCAUGAGAUUUGCACUCGAAUAAUACACGCCUCGGCGCGGUGCCACGGGCCCGACCGC